AGAUUGACUUAAUUGUUAGCCAUUGUUGUUGUUUGCCAAAAACUGUCCCCUAAAAUGUCAAAAAAGUUCCGGCAAAUUAAAUAUUAUUAACCGAAAUACAUAUGAAGACUUCAAAAGCGCAGAUGGACAAAGAGAACUUAGGACAUUGCGCAGUGCCAAGUACAAGAAAAAGCACAAGAAAGAGGAACAAUGCUCGUUAUUUGACUUUGUUAUUGUGCCCCGAAAGCAACAAAAAAAGUGUAAACAAAAACAAAAAGAAACGACCCAAUUUGAUCAUAGCCCGAAAUUCUUUCACUUUCCAAUCAAAACGUAAAGGAAAGACGCGUUUAAAUCCGAAAAUUCGUAUAACCCGCUUAAAACGAAUCAUUCGAAACUUUCGCAAACUAAAGCAGCAAAUUAUAAAUAAGGAUAAUGUUGUGGAUCACUUGGAUGAGAAAUUCGGAGGGAUGUUUAUUGAACCUACUAAAGAAUUAGACAACAGUUUGUCGAUUCAAUUAGAUUUGUUAUCACAUGCAACAGAGCCAACGGAAACAUCGCUUAACAAUGCGAUGCCAGCAAUUCAUCAAAUACAUUCCCGUAGAUUUAGAAGUUACUGUGAUAACUGCACUACAAAGCGCCUCAAAGAGUUGACAACUCAGUUGCUUAACGACUUGGAUCGGUUUCAAAAACGAGCUUACGCCAACAACGAAAUAAAGGCACGGGCGCAUCCUCGGCUUGUGGUCGGUUUUCGAGAGGCGCUCUCAAGACUGCGCAUCAAUAAAGUUAAAUUGCUGCUCCUGGCGCCCGACUGUGAGAUAUGCCCUGCAGCCGGUGGUCUGGACGACACGAUAACUGAACUGAAGUGCCUGUGUCAGCAACAACGUGUGCCUUAUUGCUUCUCCCUAUUGCGACGAGAAUUGGCUUAUGCUCUGCAUAAACGGGCACAAAUCUCCUGCGUGGCAAUUUUGGACUACGACGGUGUUAAUGAGACCUUCAAGCAAGUGGUCCAUGAGGUGAAUGAGGCACGCCAGCAGUACAAAGAGUUGACUGCAACUGCAAAGUGAUGUUUUUGUUUAUUUUUUGCGUGUUUUACAGAGAGAAUUUCAUGAAUUUCAAGUGCAUCAAAAAGGUGCAUAUAAAUUCGUAUAAAUUACAGUUAAAUCUCAAUUAAUAUGUGGGCGACAUCAUUGUGGUUGUGACCAUAUCAUACAGCGUAGAGCUUUCGUUGUCCAUUUCAGUUGCAGCGCCCACAAACCCGGCUGUGUCAUUGAAGCUAUUAAACGACUGAAUGGCAUCCUUAGCCUGCUGGGCAGCCAAAUUGAAUUGAAUGAGGAUAAUGAGAUAGCUGGUGAUGCCACCACUAACGCCAUACAAUGUUUCCAUGUCCAGGGUGAAAAAACCGCAGGCAGAAAAGUCUACCGAAUGAUUGAGUAGCUUCAGCGACAAAUGAUUGACAAUCUCGUAUAGCAAAUUAUCAUCUGCGACCACGCCGCACUUGUGCAAACUUAUUCCAGUUCGCUUCGAGGCCAAUGAUGUCUUCCAGCUGAGAUAAAUCAAGUAAAUGCACUUGCCCGACGUGUACACCAAGACAAUGACAGUGAUAAAGGGAUUCUUGGCCGAUCGAAAUAGCGAGGGUAUCGAUUGAAACUGCGUGGCGCAAUAGAGGAAAUAUAGCUGAGCCGUAAAGAUGAGGAAACCAUAGGCCAUCAGUGAUAGAAUGGGAUAACUCCAUAAACCAUUCAUUGCUUUGCCAAUCUCACAGAUUUCGUCGUGUACCUGACACAGAUUGUUCAACUUCUCCUCCACCUUGGUUGCAUUGCUCAAUUCGCUCUCGUGUGCCAUAUUAAUCAUGGGAUUUGUGCUCAUCCGUUGUGGUUUGUAUGGCGUUGGAAUCGAUUCCCCAAAUGAGUUCAUCGAGUGGGCAACUAAAAAACAAAUUUAAUGCAAUUAAUAAGAAAAAUUUAAAUGCAACAUUUACACUCACUUGGUGCAACUUUAUUUCGAUUUUUGCUGCCAGAGCCGCGUAGGGAGCCCACAUCAAUACCGCCCAACUCUUUAUACAAAUACUCCAGAUUGCUAUCGUAUUGUGGUGGUGGUGAUGAUUGUGGGGGAUGGUCACUCGUUCGAUUGCCAACUGUCGCUGUCGUUGCAUCAUUGCCACUCAGCCAUGUCUUGUACUUUUCAUGCUCCAUCACAAGAUCCUCUAACGUGGCGUUGAUGGCCUCAAAACGUUCUUUUAGCGCAUACAAAGAUACGGCGAACCAAAUCUUGUCUAGCGUAUUGAUGAAUGUCGGCACAGCUGAGACAAUCCACAACAGCGACAGCCACUGCGUAUAAUCGACGAGAUUAAUGUAGGUGGACACAAGGAUGGAUAUCUCAAAAAUGAAUGUCAUAAUCAGCAUGAUGCGAAUGCGUUUUGCAAUGCAAUUAUUGUCAAGUAAGCAUUCCUCGCGAUAGAGACGCUCGUCUACCACACGAAUCCGUUCGUAGAGCUCACCCAAUUGUCCUUGAUUGAACAGUGCAGUAAGCUGAUCGGUGGCCAUCAUAAUCAGGCCAAUGUAGGUUAAAAACAAGCCAAUAACAAAUGUCAAAGUGCCUAAGAUUGUGUGAAUUUUACAUUAAAUCUAUUUGAAGUUAUGGAUUCAAGUUUUUUCUCACUCUGUGAUGCCUUGAGGGUGCGGUCUUCUUCGCCAAAGGAAUAGAUAAGCAGAUUGUAGAGCACGACGUAAACACUCAAAACCCCAAGCAUAUAAAACAUGCCAUUGCGCGACUUUUCCAGCAUAUUCUUAUGUCGAAACUUGUCCAGAUCCUGCGGCAAUACGCCCACAAUUUUCGAUAUGAAAAACAGUUGUUGGAAUUGCAACAGCAACGGCUGCACCAAUGGUGUCGGUUGAGACAUCCUUUACGUUGGCCGGAACUCGCUUAAA